UGACUUCCUGUUUAAUCAAAUUUCGUGAAAGCUGUAAAUGUUAAAUGCAGAUAAAUACAAACUUUCAAAGGGUAUUUUACUUGGAUUUAACACUGUUUGGCAUGAUGGAUAGCAUUUAUAAAGCGAUAUUGUUCUUAUGGGUGUGUGAAUGCUUAAUUGUCAGCAAUUCUCAAGCAACAGAAGACGGAGGCAUUGAUUGCAGAAGUGAUUGUGCAUGUUGUAGAAAUCAAAAGUGUGGUCCAAACGGUUUCUUUGAGGAAGGUAAUUGUUAUGAUGGCUGCAUUGACGGAUAUAGUGGUGCUCGGUGCUAUGAAAAAUGUACUUACAAUUGUGCAAAAUGUGAGCUAGAUAACAAAACGAAGUGCACUGAAUGUUUUAAUGGCUAUUUCCUCGGCUCUAGUAGUGAUUGUACAGCGAAAUGUCCAAAAGGUUGUGAAACAUGCAUGUCAAGCACUACAUGUACUAAAUGUAAGGAUGAAUAUUAUAACGACAAUGGUUUCACAGACUGUCGAUAUCGUUAUUGUCCACAAAAUUGCGAAUGCCAACAAAAUCAGUGCGUGUCAUGUAAAUCUGGUUACUAUGAUACCAGUACGUCAUGCAGCGGUAUAUGUCCAGGUAGUUGUAUGGCAUGUUCAUCACGGGACACUUGUGAUGUAUGUAGAGAUGGUUAUUUUAACGGGCAUCGGUUUGACAACAGUAGCCUUCCUCUUUCGACAAAUUGUACGCAUGAAUGUCGUGAUACCUGUAAACGAUGCUCAUCGUAUAAUACAUGUUUGCAAUGCAAAACUGGACGAUACGGAUCAACCUGUCAAGAAGAAUGUUCCAUCGGAUGUGCAACAAGUGAAUGCCUGACAGACUCCGGAAAUUGUAAAUGUUCUCCUAAUUUUUCGGGAGAUAAAUGUGAUAAAUGUCAGAUUGGAAAAUAUGGACCCCUUUGCGAAAAGCAAUGUUCUUUAGGAUGCAAAGAUAAUGUAUGUGGCAAAGAAUCAGGAGAUUGUUUAGAUGGAUGUAUCGUAGACACUAUCAUCAGUAAGACGUGUAAUGAGUGUUCAACGGGUAUGUAUGGUGUAUUGUGUAACAAAACCUGUCCUUCAGGUUGUAAAGAUGGUAAAUGUAAAAGGAAUACAAGUGAAUGCUCGUUAGGAUGCAUAGAAAAUUUCAGUGGGAAAAGAUGUGAACAUUGCAUUAAUGGUAAAUAUGGAGAGUCAUGUAUCCUUGAUUGUCCGGAGAACUCAAUGUUGCUGUAUAGAUGUGGCACUAUAUUUUUAAAACUAACACUUGCUACAAAUCAAAAUAGAUCAUUAAAGUUACAGUUCCUAGAUGGAAAUGAAAUAUAUAGAAAGUAA